AUGGCCGUGUACUCCAACCUGGCCACUUAUUUGGCGCAGCGCGAACGGCGACACAACCGGCAGGACACGCCAGAUUGCGCUGCCCAGAUCAUCGCCACGGUGGGUGGCAUCAGCAGACAGGUCCUGGGGUCUCCUGCCUUGGUUCGCUCGGCCUUCACCGAUCCCAUCGAAGAACUCAGGAAGGCGCGUGAACGGAAUGAGAAGUUUGCCACUGCGGAGAUUUCCGUGGCCGGUGAGGCGCUUUGCAGUGGCUAUGCCGCCUUCAACGGUGAGGUGAUCCGUACGGGUCCCAGCUUGGAACGCGCCCUGCCGGUGGUGGCUCUGGGUGGUGCAGAGGUGCAACGUGAUGGCAAGACCUUGACGGUGCAGCCAAAACAGACUCCCACUUUGCUGCUUCAGCUGCCGAACGAAAAGGAGGCCGAGAACUGGCACGAGUGGUUGAAGGAAGCCACGCAGAGGGACGACCCCGCAAGGGGCGCCUAG